GGGGCGGGGCGGGACGGGAGGUGGUGCGUCGCUGAGCGCAGGCCGCGGCGGCCGCGGAGUAGCCCGGAGCCGCAGACAGCGCGGGCCUGCGCCCUGUUCUGAUUGUCCUCGCCGCGACCCUUCCUCAGCCCUGGGCGCGCGCGCGCUGGGGCCCCGGGGGGCUGGCCGCCUAGCGAGCCGGCCGGUCGACCCCAACCAGCGCAGCGACCCGGCGCCGCCCGGCCCAGGCGCACACGGAAGUGCUCUUCUCUGAAGAAGCUUUGGAAAGUAGAGAAGAAAAUCCAGUCUGCUUCUUGGGGAACACUGGACAGCUGAAUAAAUGCAGUAUCUAAAUAUAAAAGAGGACUGCAAUGCCAUGGCUUUCUGUGCUAAAAUGAGGAGCUCCAAGAAGACUGAGGUGAACCUGGAGGCCCCUGAGCCAGGGGUGGAAGUGAUCUUCUAUAUGUCGGACAGGGAGCCCCUCCGGCUGGGCAGUGGAGAGUACACAGCAGAGGAACUGUGCAUCAGGGCUGCACAGGCAUGCCGUAUCUCCCCUCUUUGUCACAACCUCUUUGCCCUGUAUGAUGAGAACACCAAGCUCUGGUAUGCUCCAAAUCGCACCAUCACCGUUGAUGACAAGAUGUCCCUCCGACUCCACUACCGGAUGAGGUUCUAUUUCACCAAUUGGCAUGGAACCAACGACAAUGAGCAGUCAGUGUGGCGUCAUUCUCCAAAGAAGCAGAAAAAUGGCUACGAGAAAAAAAAGGUUCCAGAUGCAACCCCUCUCCUUGAUGCCAGCUCACUGGAGUAUCUGUUUGCUCAGGGACAGUAUGAUUUGGUGAAAUGCCUGGCUCCCAUUCGAGACCCCAAGACCGAGCAGGAUGGGCAUGAUAUUGAAAACGAGUGUCUGGGGAUGGCUGUCCUGGCCAUCUCACACUAUGCCAUGAUGAAGAAGAUGCAGUUGCCAGAACUGCCCAAGGACAUCAGCUACAAGCGAUAUAUUCCAGAAACAUUGAAUAAGUCCAUCAGACAGAGGAACCUUCUCACCAGGAUGCGGAUAAAUAAUGUUUUCAAGGAUUUCCUAAAAGAAUUUAACAACAAGACCAUUUGUGACAGCAGCGUGUCCACGCAUGACCUGAAGGUGAAAUACUUGGCUACCUUGGAAACUUUGACAAAACAUUAUGGCGCUGAAAUAUUUGAGACUUCCAUGUUACUGAUUUCAUCAGAAAAUGAGAUGAAUUGGUUUCAUUCGAAUGACAGUGGAAACGUUCUGUACUAUGAAGUGAUGGUGACUGGGAAUCUUGGAAUCCAGUGGAGGCAUAAACCAAAUGUUGUUUCUGUUGAAAAGGAAAAAAGUAAACUGAAGCGGAAAAAACUGGAAAAUAAACACAAGAAGGAUGAGGAGAAAAACAAGAUCCGGGAGGAGUGGAACAAUUUUUCUUACUUCCCUGAAAUCACUCACAUUGUAAUAAAGGAGUCUGUGGUCAGCAUUAACAAGCAGGACAACAAGAAAAUGGAACUGAAGCUCUCUUCUCAUGAGGAGGCCUUGUCCUUUGUGUCACUGGUAGAUGGCUACUUCCGGCUCACCGCAGACGCCCAUCAUUACCUCUGCACCGACGUGGCCCCCCCAUUGAUCGUCCACAACAUACAGAAUGGCUGUCAUGGUCCAAUCUGUACAGAAUACGCCAUCAAUAAAUUGCGGCAAGAAGGAAGCGAGGAGGGGAUGUACGUGCUGAGGUGGAGCUGCACCGACUUUGACAACAUCCUCAUGACCGUCACCUGCUUUGAGAAGUCUGAGCAGGUGCAGGGUGCCCAGAAGCAGUUCAAGAACUUUCAGAUCGAGGUGCAGAAGGGCCGCUACAGCCUGCACGGUUCGGACCGCAGCUUCCCCAGCUUGGGAGACCUCAUGAGCCACCUCAAGAAGCAGAUCCUGCGCACGGAUAACAUCAGCUUCAUGUUGAAACGCUGCUGCCAGCCCAAGCCCCGAGAUGAGAAACCUGAGGCCCAGAAGAGCGAAGUGGGUCUCAUCAAAGAAAUCUCCAACCUGCUGGUGGCUACUAAGAAAGCCCAGGAGUGGCAACCCGUCUACCCCAUGAGCCAGCUGAGUUUUGAUCGGAUCCUCAAGAAGGAUCUGGUGCAGGGCGAGCACCUUGGGAGAGGCACGAGAACACACAUCUACUCUGGGACCCUGAUGGAUUACAAGGAUGACGAAGGAACUUCUGAAGAGAAGAAGAUAAAAGUGAUCCUCAAAGUCUUAGACCCCAGCCACAGGGAUAUUUCCCUGGCCUUCUUCGAGGCAGCCAGCAUGAUGAGACAGGUCUCCCACAAACACAUCGUGUACCUCUAUGGCGUCUGUGUCCGCGACGUGGAGAAUAUCAUGGUGGAAGAGUUUGUGGAAGGGGGUCCUCUGGAUCUCUUCAUGCACCGGAAAAGCGACGUCCUUACUACACCCUGGAAAUUCAAAGUUGCCAAACAGCUGGCCAGUGCCCUGAGCUACUUGGAAGAUAAAGACCUGGUCCAUGGAAAUGUGUGUACUAAAAACCUCCUCCUGGCCCGUGAGGGCAUUGACAGCGAGUGUGGUCCAUUCAUCAAGCUCAGUGACCCUGGCAUCCCCAUUACGGUGCUGUCUAGGCAAGAGUGCAUUGAACGAAUCCCGUGGAUUGCUCCCGAGUGUGUUGAGGACUCCAAGAACCUGAGCGUGGCUGCUGACAAGUGGAGCUUUGGAACUACGCUCUGGGAAAUCUGCUACAAUGGCGAGAUCCCCUUGAAAGACAAGACACUGAUUGAGAAAGAGAGAUUCUAUGAAAGCCGGUGCAGGCCAGUGACACCAUCAUGUAAAGAGCUGGCUGACCUCAUGACCCGCUGCAUGAACUACGACCCCAAUCAGAGGCCCUUCUUCCGAGCCAUCAUGAGAGACAUUAAUAAGCUUGAAGAGCAGAAUCCAGAUAUUGUUUCAGAAAAAAAGCCAGCAACUGAAGUGGACCCCACGCAUUUUGAAAAGCGCUUCCUAAAGAGGAUCCGUGACUUGGGAGAGGGCCACUUUGGGAAGGUUGAGCUCUGCAGGUAUGACCCCGAAGGGGACAAUACAGGGGAGCAGGUGGCUGUCAAAUCUCUGAAGCCUGAGAGUGGAGGUAACCACAUAGCUGAUCUGAAAAAGGAAAUCGAGAUCUUAAGGAACCUCUAUCACGAGAACAUUGUGAAGUACAAAGGAAUCUGCACGGAAGAUGGAGGAAAUGGUAUUAAGCUCAUCAUGGAAUUUCUGCCUUCGGGAAGCCUUAAGGAGUAUCUUCCAAAGAAUAAGAACAAAAUUAACCUCAAACAGCAGCUAAAAUACGCCGUUCAGAUUUGUAAGGGGAUGGACUAUUUGGGUUCUCGGCAAUAUGUUCACCGUGACUUGGCAGCAAGAAAUGUCCUUGUUGAGAGUGAACACCAAGUGAAAAUUGGAGACUUCGGUUUAACCAAAGCAAUUGAAACCGAUAAGGAGUAUUACACCGUCAAGGAUGACCGGGACAGCCCUGUGUUUUGGUAUGCUCCAGAAUGUUUAAUGCAAUCUAAAUUUUAUAUCGCCUCUGACGUCUGGUCUUUUGGAGUCACUCUGCAUGAGCUGCUGACUUACUGUGAUUCAGAUUCUAGUCCCAUGGCCUUGUUCCUGAAAAUGAUAGGCCCAACCCAUGGCCAGAUGACAGUCACAAGACUUGUGAAUACAUUAAAAGAAGGAAAACGCCUGCCGUGCCCACCUAACUGUCCAGAUGAGGUUUAUCAACUUAUGAGGAAAUGCUGGGAAUUCCAACCAUCCAAUCGGACAAGCUUUCAGAACCUUAUUGAAGGAUUUGAAGCACUUUUAAAAUAAGCAUGAAUAACAUUUAAAUUCCACAGAUUAUCAAGUCCUCCUCCCACAACAAAUGCCCAAGCCAUUUUUUAAAAAUUUGUAAUGAAAAAAGUUUGUGUUCUGUCCAAAAAGUCAUUGAACUUAUACUUGAGUACAUAUACAUAUAUAAGGCACACUGUAGUGCUUAAUAUGAGUAAGGAGUUCCUCUUUAAAUUUGGUACCAGUAACUUAGUGACACAUAAUGGCAACCAAAAUAUUUGAAAGCACUUAAGCACUCCUCCUUGUGGAAAGAAUAUGCCACCAUUUCCUUUGGCUAGUUCACCAUCACAACUGCAUACCAAAAGGGGAUUUUUGAAAACAAGAGGAGUUGACCAAAAUAAUGUCUGAAGAUGAUUGCUUUUCCCUGCUGCCAGCUGAUCUGAAAUGUUUUGCUGGCACAUUAAUCAUAAAGAUUGAUGGACCUAGCCCUCAGGUUUCAAUAUCUAUACAGUACUAGAUCGUGCAUUCUUAAAAUAUUAGAUACCAGGUAGUAUAUAUUGUUUCUGUACAAAAAUGAUUGUAUUCUCUCACCAGUAGGACUUAAACCUUUGAGUUGUUUCUCCAGUGGCUUAGCUCCUAUUCCCUUGGGUGACCACUAGCACCGAUUUUUGAGAAAACUGGUUCUACACGGGGGGAUAGCUGUGGAAUAGAUGAUUUGCUGCAUGUUAAUUCUCGAGAACUAAGCCUGUCCCAGUGCUUUCCUAAGCAGUAUAUCUUUAAUCAGAACUCAUUCCCAGAGCCUGGAUGCUAUUACACAUGCUUUUAAGAAAUGUCAGUGUAUGUCCUUUUAUAACUCUACCACUUUGGAGCAAGCUAUUCCAGCAUUGGUUUUGAAUGCUGUAUGCAAGCAGUCAGAACACCACGUACGCUGCACUGUUCUUAGAGUGUUUCCGUACUUACCACCGAUCUACAAGGAUUGAUCCCUGUUUUUACCAUCACCCUGUGGUGCAACACUUGAAAGAAGACCCCGCUAGAGGCACUAAUGAACUUCAGGAUCCACUAGACAGUUUUCAGUUUGCUUGGAGGUAGCUGGGUAAUCAAAAACGUUUAGUCACUGAUUCAAUGUGAACUAUUAAGGCCUUUGUGACCAAGAGGAGUCUGAAAAUCUUAUGCUGUUUAGUAUUUGUUUGAUACUGUUACUUUUCACCUGUUGAGCCCAAAUUCAGGAUUGAUUCAAUGGCAGCAAUAAAGUUGCCAUUUAAAUUUGUUCAUAGCCUACAACACCAAGGUCUCUGUCUCAAACCUGUGGCCACUCUAGAUGCACUUUGUUUACUCUUUAUACAAAUAAAUAUACUAAAGACUUUA